CGGCGGCGGCGGCGGCGGCUCCAGCGGCUCCAGCAGCAGCAGCUCCUUUCUUUGUCUUCCGCUAGCCCCGGCGGCGGCUCCGGCCCCAUGCCCCUGCGGCCGCCCCGGCCGGGCUGCGCCCCCCGCGGCCCCUGAGCCCUCCCUCUCCGGACCGCCCGCCGCCACCAUGCCCGACACGGCCGGGCCCGGGGCCGGCGGCACGGCGGAAGGCGAGCGUGGCAAGCGGCCCCCCCCGGAGGGCGAGCCCGCGGCGGCGGCGGCGGCGGGGGCCGGAGUCCUGGACAAGCUAUUUGGGAAGCGGCUGUUACAGGCAGGACGAUAUAUCAUGUCCCACAAAUCAUGGAUGAAGACGGUGCCCACGGAGAACUGUGAUGUCCUCAUGACCUUCCCAGACACGACUGACGACCACACCCUACUGUGGCUUCUGAAUCACAUCCGUGUGGGUAUCCCUGAACUCAUAGUACAAGUCCGGCACCAUCGGCACACGAGGACCUACGGCUUCUUUCUCACUGCCACCUAUGAGAGCCUGCUCCGUGGGGCUGAUGAGCUGGGGCUGCGGAAGGCCGUGAAGGCCGAGUUCGGCGGCGGCACUAGGGGCUUCUCUUGCGAGGAGGACUUCAUCUACGAGAACGUGGAGAGUGAGCUCCGCUUCUUCACCUCCCAGGAGCGGCAGAGCAUCAUCCGCUUCUGGCUGGAGAACCUGCGGGCCAAGGCCGGGGAGGCGCUGCACAAUGUGCGCUUCUUGGAGGACCAGCCCAUCAUCCCAGAGCUGGCCGCCCGUGGAAUCAUCCAGCAGGUGUUCCCUGUACAUGAGCAGAGGAUUCUUAACCGCCUCAUGAAGUCCUGGGUGCAGGCUGUAUGUGAGAACCAGCCCCUUGAUGAGAUUUGUGACUACUUUGGGGUGAAGAUUGCUAUGUAUUUUGCCUGGCUGGGUUUCUAUACCUCUGCCAUGGUCUACCCAGCUGUGUUUGGCUCUGUGCUCUAUACCUUCACUGAGGCUGACCAGACCAGCCGGGACAUCUGCUGUGUAAUCUUUGCCAUCUUCAAUGUGAUCUGGUCUACACUGUUUCUGGAAGAGUGGAAGCGCCGUGGGGCCGAGUUUGCCUAUAAGUGGGGGACCUUGGACACCCCUGGAGAAGCCAUCGAGGAGCCCCGGCCCCAGUUCAGGGGUGUCCGGCGGAUCAGUCCUGUGACCAACGUGGAGGAGUUUUACUACCCACCUUGGAAGCGACUCCUCUUCCAGCUGCUGGUUAGCCUGCCAGUGUGUGCCACCUGCCUCAUCGGGGGCUUCCUGCUCAUGCUCGGCUGCUUCCAACUGCAGGAGCUGGUGCUCAGUGUGAAGGGGCUGCCACGCCUUGUCCGAUUCCUGCCCAAGAUUGGCCUGGCCCUCUUGGUCAGUGCCUCUGCCGAGGCCUACAAGAAGCUUGCCUACUGGCUUAAUGACAUGGAGAACUACCGUCUACAGAGUGCCUAUGAGAAACACCUCAUCGUCAAGAUUGUUUUGUUCCAGUUUGUAAAUUCGUACCUGAGUCUUUUCUACAUCGGUUUCUACCUCAAGGACAUGGAGAGGCUGAAGGAGAUGUUAGCCACCCUGCUUAUCACCCGUCAGUUCCUGCAGAAUAUCCGGGAGGUACUACAGCCUCACCUGUACCGCCGGCUGACCAGCGGGGACCUGAGCGCCCGCACCCUCUGGGAGUUCUCCAAGACUUUCCUGAAGCUGCUCACUCACAGGCCUCCUGUCCCAGAGGCCCAGCCCCGAGAGCCACUGGCGGGGCCUCCUGAGCCCAGGGCCCAGGAGGGCAGUGGCAGUGGGGGUCGGAAGUGCCUCAACGGGGGCUGCGGGGUCCCUGAGGAGGAGGAGGAAGAGCGGCGGAGGAGAAUUGGGGAGGGUGGGGAAGAGGCAGGUGGUGGCGGUGGGGGGGAGGAGGAUGAUGAGGAGGAUGAGGACGAUGAGGAGGAAGAUGAUGAGGAAGAAAGCCUUCUGGACUGCGGCCUAAAGCUAAGGAAGGUGAGCUUUGCCGAGCGGGCUGAGCGGCAGCGACGGGCAGGCCCAACAGGUCCCGAGAGCCUCCUGGAAGAGGGUAGCCCGACCAUGGUAGACAAGGGCCUGGACCCGGCGGCCGUGUUUGCCUUGUGUGAGGAUGAAGAGGACGCUGAAGAGCCUUCAGACAGUCCUGGCCGGGAGCCCCUCGAAGCACCUGGGGGCCCGCGUGGGGAACGGCCUGGUGGUGAGGGUCGAGACCAGGGUCCUGGUGAUGAUGAGGCCGAGGCCUUGGGCCCGGGGGAGGACAAACGGCGAAAGCAGAACCGCACAUCCUGGAUCGACCCGCCUGAGGAAGAUUACUCCCCCCAGCUGACCCAGGCCGAGCUGGAGAGCUGCAUGAAAAGAUACGAGGACCCUUUCCAGGACUACCAGGAGAUGUUUGUACAGUUCGGCUACGUGGUGCUCUUCUCUUCUGCCUUUCCCCUGGCUGCCCUCUGUGCCCUGGUCAACAACCUCAUUGAGAUCCGUAGCGAUGCCUUCAAGCUGUGCACGGGCCUCCAGCGGCCUUUCGGGCAGCGUGUCGACAGCAUCGGGCAGUGGCAGAAGGUGAUGGAGGCCAUGGGCAUCCUGGCCAUUGUGGUGAACUGCUACCUGAUUGGUCAGUGCGGACAACUUCAACGCCUCUUCCCGUGGCUGAGCCCAGAGGCCGCCAUUAUCUCUGUAGUAGUGCUCGAGCACUUUGCUCUGUUUCUGAAGUACCUCAUCCAGGCGGCCAUCCCGGACAUCCCUGCCUGGGUAGCUGAGGAGAUGGCUAAGCUGGAACAUCAGCGGCGAGAGGCCUUCAAGAAACACGAGCGCCAGGCUCAGCAUCACUACCAGCAGCAGCAACGGCGAAGGCGGGAGGAGGAAGAGCGGCAAAGACACGCGGAGCACCACGCGCGACGGGAACGUGAGGCUGGGCGUGAGGAAGGCCGGGCUGAGGGCAGCAGUCCAGAUCUUGCCCCUGAGAAGGCACCUGCCAAGGCCAAGGGUGGGCCCGGCCCAGACCGGCCCAAGAGGCCAGGCUCCCUGCUUGCCCCCAACAAUGUCAUGAAACUCAAGCACAUGAUCCCCCUGCAGGGGAAGUUUCUGUCCUCAUCCUCUUCGUCAUCCUCAUCCUCUGCAGGGGGUGCCAGCCCAGCUACCCGUCAGCCGCAGGCACCCUCCCCCACGGGAGAAAACCGCCUGCCUGCCUUCCUCAGCUUUAAGUUUCUCAAGUCCCCAGAAGCCAAGCGAGAACAAGAGCGAAGCCACUCGCCUCCCAAGCCCUUCCACGCCGGCAAGCUCUUCCCCUUUGGGGGCCGGGCAGAGUCCACCACUGCAUCUAACGGGACAGGCGGGGGGCAGGUGCGACCCGACGGCGCUCCCAGCAAGGCCCAGCGUCCCGGGCUGGCAGAUGAGGCCGGUGGGGAGGAGCCCGAUGCCUGUGCAGAGGACGAAGGCUCAGGGACAGCGCAGCCAGCUUCUGGUGUCCCCUCCCGUGCCCACCGCCGGAGCCCUGCACCACCACGCUGCUCCUGCCCACCAUCACCCAAUACGCCCCCGCCCACAGGCUGCUGGCAAUGGGAGGGCCCCUGGAGUUGUGGGGGUGAGGGGAGUGGCACUAGAGAGGGCCAUGUAGCUGAGUGCCCACCCUGUGCCCGGGUCCCGGGAAGCCCUGCCUGGGUCCCUGCCCCACUCCCUGCACCCCCUGCUCAGGGUGAUGACAGCUUCUCCAGCCCCCCACUCCCAGGGCCCUGCCCUCUGCCUCCAGAUGACAGCCCCAGCCCCAGCCCCCAAGCCAUCUGCUGGCCAGCUGGGUGGCACUAGCCAGCCCCACCUCUUUCCCACUCUACCCUCCACUCCUGAAGCCCUGGGCUUUCCUUCAUUCACAUAUGCAACAUGAGUUAUUAAUGCAAGGAGCUGAGGCUGAGCACGACUGAUGAUGGCCAGCCUGUCCUCUCCAGGCCAGGGGAGGGAGUGGAGAGGGUUAGGAUGUGCCUAGCCUGGCCUGGCAAGUGGACUGGGGGGUCAGGAUCCACCAGUCCCAGUAUGUUUACUCCCCACCCACUCCCUAGGGCUCUGAGGGUUGGCCACUGAUCAGAGGCGAAGAGGAAAAGGCAAGUUUUUUGCCGUCUUCUUUCUUUCAAUCCGGAAGGAAAUACCUAACGGGGAUUAUUUUGAUUUCUUCUUAAUUUAUUUUGUCAUAUUUUUGUAAGCUUUGCAGAAAUGCAAUAAAAAUAUAUUUC